CCCGUGCGCCGGGGGAAGCCGCGACGAAGCGAGCCCGACGUCGCGGCGCCGUGUCCAUCCCAAUGCCAGCACUGCAGAUAGGCUGAGAGAGCUUCUUCAACGACUCCCUCCUCUCCUCUCCUCUCCUCUCCGGCGUCGACUUACCGAUAAGGCAGGGAGGACCGAGCCACCAGCUCCGGCGAGGUCGGUCGAGCAGAACACAUAGGAGCUCCAACCGUAUACAUCAUCAGGAGACCAGGGGAUCGAUGUCGUGCCUGGGCCGCGCGGCGGUGCCGGUGAAGCGCGUCUGGCGCGGCCUCCGACUCCGGCGAGCCACCGGUAAGUCGCCGUCGUCGUCCAGCUACGCGCCGAUGGAUCAUCGGGGAUCGGGAGAGUCAUCCGACGGCGAGGCUGACAUGGGUGUGGGCGCGCUGGCUGCAGGUCUGGGCCGGCUGCGGAAGGAGGUGCGCACGUGCGAGUACAGUGACGUCCACGUCAUGUGGGAGAUGCUCAGCAGCAGCAUCAAGCCUGGAGGAGGAGGAGCCAUCAGCCAUGGGCGGUGCCGCCGCCACUGGGAGGGGCUCCAGGAAGGCCAGGGUGGGGAGGAAGGCCGCCGUCGCCUGGAGCCGCCUGGCCUCCUACUGCCGCGCGCUCUGAUCCGAGACGACCAGAGCUGCUCGUCGGAUUCGGACAGAGAGGGAUCUCUGCUUCUGCUGCUGCUGCUUCUUCUUCUGCUGCUGCUGCCGCCGCCGCCGCCGCCGCCGCCUUGUUGAUUAGAAGAAGAACAGUUCAUGAAUCACUCAAUCAAGCGCCGCCGGCCAUUGGAGAGAGCCGAAACGAUUUUGGGAAGGCGGGGGGUUUCGUUUCACAUGAGACAGAUCGAUCCCAUUCCCAGCGUUCCAAACCAAUCCUAUGGAUGGAUGGAGAGCAGGAGAGUUGAGUCAGCGUUGCGUGCGUAUCAGUCCUCAUGUCAGAGUUGUACAUACAAACAAGCUGCUGUAAUUUUGGUCCAUGUCUGCUGCUGCUACUACGGAAGUAGUAGUAGUGUGUAAAUCCAAUUUUGUCUGUGUGUCUGCUGAUUUGUCACACUUGUUCAUCCGACCAGUGCUUCUUCCA